AUGGAGCGUCUAGAUCGAAGGCUGCCUGUGGCUUUUCUUCUACUUCUGCCUCUCCUGUGCGUCAGUGGUGUCCCCAACCAAAAAACGACAGUUUCCUGGUGCGUACUGUCUGAUGCCGAAGAGCAGAAGUGUCUGGACUUGGCCGGGAACGCCAGUGCUCAGAAUAUCAGAGGGACAUUGCAGUGCGUCCGUGGACUCAACACCAGAGACUGUAUGGACAAAAUCAAGAACGGGACGGCAGACGCAGCCUCCAUGUUUGCAGAUGACAUUUAUGCUGCCGGCUUCUGCCACGGACUGGAGGUGGCUGCAGGAGAGUCCCACAAUGGAGUUGACGGUAUUAGCUACUACGUCGUGGCCUUGGCUCGGACCUCCACCUCAGACCUGUCCCUGAUGGAGAUGCACGAGCGCAGCUCCUGUCACCCUGGAAUUCGCACCACAGUGGGGUGGACGGUCCCUAUUGGCUACCUGGUCAACACCUCCCAGAUCAGCGUCGGGCAGCAGUGCAACUUUCCCAAAGUGGUGGGAAACUUCUUCGGUUACAGCUGCGUGCCGGGGGUCAAAGAUGCUCAGCACGACCCCAGAGGCAUCAACCCCAAGAACCUGUGCGAGGCCUGCAUAGGAGACGAGAACGACAGACACAUCUGCGCCAGCAACCACAGAGAGCGACACUACGGAGAGUCUGGAGCGCUGAGAUGUGUGGCUGAAAACCUUGGCGACGUGGCCUUUGUCAAACACACCACGGUCUUUGACAACAUAGAUGGUAAGAACCAGGAGUCCUGGGCCCUGGACCUGGAGCUGGAGGACCUGAAGCUGCUGUGUCCAGAUGGAACUGAGGCAGGACUGGACGAGUUCCAGCAUUGUCAUCUGGCAGCUGUCCCCGCUAAUGCUGUGGUGGUGCGCAUGGAGGACAAGUGCCGCGUCUGGAAGUUCCUGGAACGUUUACAGAACGCGUUCGGCAACGCCACCGAGGGCUUCAGACUGUUCGGCUCUGCAGGUUACGGCGACUCUGAUCUGCUCUUCAGCGACGCCACCCACCACCUGCAGAGGGUUCUAGGUAGCUACACCUCUUGGCUGGGCUCCACUUACACCAACAUGCUGCAAGCCUUCGAGUGUGAGGGCUUCUGCUGAUGGAACAGGAGGACGACUUCCAGUGCAUCAUCCCUCUGUCUCCGUCCUCCCCUCCCGCCUCCCCUCCCUGCCAUCUGC